AUGGCCAUACAAAUCUUGUUGGAGUUAUUCUGUCCGCCAAAGGGGAUUGUGCUUGAUGCUAUAGCAGGAUUUGGAUCAAUGGUGCAGGCAGCGAAAGAGACAAGCCAAGCUGUUUUUGCACUUGAGAAGGAGGGUGCCUUUGAGGACAUUCUUAUGAGAUUUUGCAACAGCAGAGUCCUGGCCGACUUCUUGCGCGGAAGCACUGUCACAACAGGAAGCCCUUGGAGAUCACCUGAAGGAACCUUUGGAUUUGGAUUCGUAAUGCCUGAGUCUUCAAGCACCCGGAACUUCAAUCUCGCGAUCUGGUAUGAUAUAGAUCCGAAGAAGACUGUCGUCUGGAUGGCAAUGGCAAACGGGCAGCUUGUCCAGGUGAGUGAAAAUGCCAAGCUUGAGUUGAAAGCCGAGGGGGGACUUUCCGUCACUGAUGGCAGCAGCUCCGUCCCCUUGUGGCAAACCAAUCCCGGACAGUGUUGUGCUGAAAGUGCUUCGCUGCUCGAGAACGGGAACUUAGUUGUCCUUGGAAAAGACAAGAAAGUUGCAUGGCAGAGCUUCGACUCUCCAACGAACAACCUUUUGCCCGAGCAGCAGCUCCGCACACAAGGAAAUCCGUCCUUGGGAUACACGAGGUUGAUUUCCCAGUCUGGAGCAUACCAGCUUGUUCUCAACAGUGGUCAGGUGCUGCUCAAGAACUUAAAGCUGGAGAUCCCGCAAAAAUACUGGUCUAUUGCAAAUCCGACACUGAACUCCACCAUGACUUGCCUGGAUGACGAAACCGGAGAGCACGUCUUGAACAACAACGCUUGCCAGCCUGAUCGUUCUCUCAAGUUCCCGGCCGUCUUGAACUUGAGCGUCCUUUCCUUUUACGACGCAACUGGAAAGAGCUGGGCAUCAGGAUCAAUGAGUUCACAAGACUACGCGCUUGACUAUGACGAUGCGAAUGUGCCCACAAAAACUUGCAGCUGUCUUCCUGGAUUUCACCGAGUUGAUCCAAACGAUGAAUCGAAGGGAUGUGACUAUGACAUACCUCUGGGAGCUUGUCAAAACUCCCCAAUCUCGGUGAAGCUCGUCCAGGUGAAUCGAGCAGACUACUACUUCAACGAUUACAACUUCGACUCGACCAUCAAGUCGCUCGAAGAGUUAGGCUCGGGAGGAUUCAGGAGCGUGUAUAGAGGAAACAUGGCCAUGAAGAACAUCACCACCGUGAACCAGGCUGAGAAGCAAUCAAGGCCGAGGUGA